CCAAUCAGCGCCGGCCUGAGACGCUGGCGCCGUCAGGGUCUCGGUCGAGGCGACGCGGGGAAGCCAUGGAUCAGGGCUACGGUUAUGGUUCUUGGGGUACUGAUACCUGCAGUACUCAAGGUUCAUAUGCUGCAAACCCAACAAGUUGGCAAGGAUAUGAAGGCUAUGAUUAUUACAGUGCCCAAGCCAACAAUUCUGCUACUGCUGCCACGUACAACUAUGAUGCUGGUGCUGUUGCCACAACUACAUGGGAUGCUUCUAAAGCUAAUAAUAUGACAAUGAGUACCGACAUGAGCACUGGUAUGCCAGUUGUAAAUUACAAUACUGGGAUAGUGGGCACAGAAAACAACGACUCCAUUAUAGCAAAAAUAAACCAGCGUCUGGAUAUGCUGUCAAAGGAAGGCAGUGGCAGUGCUGGAGAAGGCUUGGAAGAUCAGGGAAGCUCUUUCAGAUUUGAGUCUUUUGAGUCCUAUGACUCUAGAGCCUCGGUGCCUGACCGUGAUUUGUACAGAAUCAACUAUGACUAUAAUGAAGUUGGAUCAGAUCGGAAUGAUUCUUUUGGAUGUCACUACGAUGCUGCUGGUAACCCACAAGAACAGGCACAGAACAGAGCAAACAACUAUAGCUUUGCUAGAGGCAGGGCACAGAACCGAGGACGUCCCAACACUUUCAGUCGUGACCGCUUCAUGCCAUCAAGUACAGAACGACUCUCUACACGAUGGAAUGAGAUUAAUUACAUGGGCGGAAGGAAUAUGGGAGGAUCUGGAUCUAACAGACCUCCAUCGCUCUUUUCUCAAGACUUCAUUCCUGAAUAUAGAGAUUAUGGUGAUUAUGGAGACUGUGGUGACUAUGGGGAAUUUGGCAACUAUGGGGAUUAUGAUUAUGGCAUGAUGGGAACACCAGGAAUGGGAGUAGGAAGGUUUCCCAGGAACAUAUCCUAUGGCUUCAGCAGAUCAUAUGGCAGACCUAAGAGAAGAGUUUUCCGUGGCCAUCUGGGUGGGCGUUCAGAUAAUGAAGGUGGAUUACAUAAGCGAAAGCUGUCCCAAAGUGGAGAUGAACCAGACUGCAAACAGGCAAAGACUGAAAGUGAAAGAGAUGACUCAGACAAUGCAGAUGAUGGAGAAGGAGAAGACAAAUUAGGAGAUGAAGGAGACAAAGGUGAGCACAGGGGAGGCAAUGAAGCACUCAAGGGGAAAGCAACUGGUGAUGAUGAAGAAUCAAAGCAAAGAAAAGAAAAACAGAGGCAAAGGGAUCGAAUGCGUGACCGCGCUAUGGACAGAAUCCAGUUUGCUUGUUCUGUAUGCAAAUUUCGAAGUCUUGAAGAGGAAGAAAUGGAGAAGCAUUUACAGAGCAAAUUUCACAAAGAUGUUUUGCAAUAUAUUGGGACCAAACUGCCUGACAAGACCGUAGAAUUCCUGCAAAAAUAUAUUGUGAAUAGAAAUAAGAAAAUUGGUAAGCGCCGACAAGAGCUGACAGAGAAAGAGGGCACCAAACCAAAACCAGACCCUUUCAAAGGAAUUUCCCAAGAGCACUUUUUUAAAAAGAUAGAAGCAGCACAUUGCAUGGCUUGUGACAUGCUAAUUCCAGCACAACAACAACUUCUUCAGAGACACUUGCGGUCUGUUGAUCACAACAGGAAUCGCAGGAUGGCAGCAGAACAUUUCAAGAAGGCCAGUUUCCAUGUAGCUAAGAGUGUCCUAAAUAGCAAGCACAUAGUGAAAAUGCUAGAAAAGUACCUCAAGGGUUCGCAGGUGCCUCAGCAACACCUCAUGAUCAACAGUAUCAAAGGCUGCCGACAGGUCUAACAGAAUCAGCAUGGACAUCUGACCUUUGUCCAUCAGCAGGAGGAGAUCUACGACCCAACCAGCACAGUCUCCGUACCAUACCCAGGUGCAAAACCAAGCUGAAAGGGGUGAAGGAAAUCUGAGGAUUCCAGGUAAUGCCAGAGUUGCCCCAUCAAAAAUCUUCUCAUCACCUUCCCCAUGAAAGGAAGGCUGAAGGCAGGGUGAGACUGUUAGCAUCAAGAGAUAAUUCUUGAACACUUACCUGUUGCUUCCUUCUUUAAAGGAUUUUGGCUUUUUGCCCUUCCUGAGGAAGCCUUUGAUAGUCUCAACCAGUUUGGGACUCUGAAUCCCUCCCAACAUAUUUUUCUAGCGAUUGAUGGACAAAUCCAUAUCGCAGGGUAGAGCCUAGAGCUCUGUGAAACUCCAAAAUAUCAGUAAAUCAGGCUGAUUGGUUCAUUUUCAGCCAGAGAAGAUGACACAACUGCCUUUCACCUGCAUGGUUCUUCAUUUAUGAAGACAGUCUGGUCUGCAUUUGAUCCAAUUGGGUCAUAAAACAGAAAUCCUCUGUUGUUGGGUGCAGAAAAUAACUCAGCUGUCAGAUCCAGUUUUUGUGGGUGGGGUUCAAUGGAUAUAGCUGAAAAAGCAGGGCCCAUGAACUUCUGUACCUCAUGUGCAUAUGAGUUCAGAAACUGUCGUUUGCAUUUUAUUAGAUUAUGGGAUAGAUUUCUGCUUUGGAAUUCUGCCUUCUUCCCUUCUACAUCUGUUUCAGGUCAGUCACAUAUGAGUGAUCUGCAAGAAGGCAGGAAAUGUUCUUAAGCAUGUUAUGACGGUAUGGGCUAUACAGUGGUUUUGAGAUCCAAUAGCCAGUGUGGUGUAGUGGUUUGAGCGUUGGACUACGACUCUGGAGACCAGGGUUUGAAUCCCCGCUCGGCCAUGGAAGCCCACUGGGUGACCUUGGGCAAGUCAAACUCUCUCAGCCUCAGAGGUAGGCAAUGGUAACCCCCUUAUGAACAUAGCUUGCCAGGAAAACUCCAUGGUAGGUUCGCCUUAGGGUCACCAUAAGUCAGAAAUUACUUAGAAGGCACACAACAACAACAGAACAGCACUAGUAUACAACUACUGUUUCUAUAAAUUGUUUUCUUUAGUAAAGAAUAGAAAACUGAACCAAACCAGAUCAGAGCCAAGUUGGGCAGUUAUAAGCUCAGACUUCAGUCUGAGGAAGAUUAGCAUGACUUCUUUAUGGGGAAUUUCCAGUAUAGUCUUCAUGGUCUUUUAUAAGACACAGAGUGUGUUUUGCUUAACAAGAUGACCAAAAUAUGUGAAGUAGCCAUCAUUUGUUUAUAACCAUAUGUCAAGACCUGGACUUUGGUAAUGCUGAAAUAGAAUGAUGAAGGAGUUACAUCUUAGCUGCUGAAAUAACUUGGUAUUUACUGAACAUGGCAUUUUGUGCCAGGUGUUCAAAAAUUAAGUUGAGAAAUCAGCAGAUUUCCCAGGCCAUAGGUAGUAUAUGUUGAUUUCCUUCAUUUUCCUGUUACGGUAUUGUCCUUUUCUGACAUGACAGUAAAAAUACUUCAGCAAAUUACAUCCCAUUCUUAUUCUUUUGAAAUGGAGACUUCAUAGAUUUCAUAUAGUGCCAUCUUCAUAGACUGAAGGUAGUGGUAGGAUCAAGUAAAGGUUUUAGUUAAAAUGUGUUCUGAUCACUUAAGUAGUUUUAGACAGAACAGGGAUUUAUGCUCUUCACUUUUGAAAUGAGGGCAUUAGAUUUCAAUUACUCAAUUGCAAAUUUCUACAUUCUAGUCCUGAGUUUUUCUAAGAGAACUUUAGAUGAUUCUGCAAUAUUGAUAAUAUGCUUCCUCCCUUUGUCAGGGUGACGACCCAUUUACAGAUGAGAACACUGACCAAGAUGUUGACGAAUCUGAAGCUGUAGAGGGGGCAGAUGGUGAAAGAGCCACAGAAAGUACUACUGUAGAGGAAAAAAAGAAUACCAGGGAUGAGGUCAAAACCAAUGA